AUGGGAAAAUUGAUUCGUGCCGAUCAUAAACAACAAGAUGGUUAUGAUCAAGAAUUAAUAGAUCACAGUGACAAGAUUGUUGAUUUAGUUAUUGUUAUGGAUUGUACUGGUUCAAUGUCUGGUGAAAUUAAUGUAGCAAAGAACACAGUCGCUACAAUUAUCACAACACUUCAUGAACAUUUUAAAACUGAUUUGAGAUUUACAGCUGUCAGUUAUAGAGAUCACACUGAUGAUUAUGCCGUUAAGGAAUUCCCUUUCACUAAGGAUAUUAACAAUGCCAAAGAAUAUAUUAAUACCAUGUCAGCUCAAGGUGGAGGUGACUAUCCGGAAGCUUUGGCAUCUGCACUCAAAGUUGUCAAUGAAAUGCCAUUCAAUAAGAAGGGUAAGAAGAUUGUUGUUUGGGUUGCUGAUGCUCCUCCACAUGGAAUGAAUGCAAGUGGUGAUAGCUACCCAAAUGGUUGCUUGGAUGAACAAGGCCAAAAGAUUGAUUGGGUUAAAAUUGGUACUGAACUUCAAGAAAAGAAUGUAGUCUUUUACAAUAUUAUUUGUGAAAGAGCAAAAGAAGAUCAACAAUUAACAUUAUUUAUGGAUUAUUUGGCAACAAAAACUGAUGGUAAAUGUUUAUUAUUGACAGAUGCUAAUAAGAUUCCAAAUUUAAUUAUCAAUGGAUGUAUUGAAGAUGAUGCCAUGGAUACAGUUGUUGCUGCUAAGAUUAAGGAAUUAGGUGAAGAAGCUGUCAAGAAUAUGAAAACAGAAGAAUUACUUUCUGAAGUUCACAAAAUGACAUCCAAUCUCAAUAUUGCUCAAGUUCAAGCUUUUGCAUUUACCUCUUCAAAUACUAAGCAAUUAUUGAACUGCCAAAACUUGUCCGAGUGUAACCCCUUCAUGUUUACUACUGCUAGUAAUUGUGUUAAUACUACAGGAGCUGGUGCAGGUGAUGCAUUUGCGUUUGGUUCACUCAAUUAUUGUGCACCUUCAAUGGAACAAGUUAGCAAGGCCUAUUCCAGAAAUUUGAGAAAAUAAUUAUUAAUAGUAUAUAGUUAGAAGCGAGUGUAAUUUAAAUUAUUAAAUAAAUUUGUAAAUAUUUUGUAC